AUACAAUACUGAAAUAUUGGUAUACGAUGUUAAACUUUGAAGGUUGGUCUAUUGAAGAAAGAAAAGAAAAGUCUAUCUUUUUGGUAAUAGAAAUAAAAAAAUCCCAUUAUGCAUUGGAGGUGAUUGCCAUCUGAUGAUAUUUCCGUAAUGAGCUGUAGUUUCACACCAUCUUUCUCUACCCUUAUCACAGCUUCAAUGCAGUAAUUCAAUCCCAAAGUUUUUUUUUUUUUCUUUUUAUCUUACAGACCUAUCCCAACAGAGACAAUCUCUCUCAUCUGUCUUUUACAUUUGUUGCCUAACAAUAAACAAUAAGAAACAACAGAUAGAAAAUUUUGAGGGGAGAGUAAUGUUUUGAGGGUUUCUUUCUUUCUUCUUUAUAUUGCCCACUUGAAUUCUCUUUAGUUUUCCUUUUCCUUUUUUUUUUUUUUGGGUUUGGGUUUUUCUCUUUAUAAUCUAUUGAAGCUCCAUUAACGUUUCUUCUAUGCAGUUCCUUAAAGGCAACUGAUUUAAUCUAUAAGGGUUACACGCAAACUUCAUAAAGAUUAAGCUUUUCAGGUUUAAGAAAGCGUUGAUUGCUUUGUCUGCAAUGCAUUUCUAACUUCACAGUUUAUUGAGCUAUUUAAAUUGGUGGUCUAUUAGGGUGACUGUGGAUUGCAAAUCUUUAAUAUUUUUGUGAUUUGUAUACGCAAUUCUAUUUCUUGCUUGAGGGUUAGGGUUUUGAGGUCAAUAACAAUUGAUGGCUUGGUCUCUUUGUGCUUAUCUGGGAUUUAAAUGUCAAGGGUAUGAGUUAAAUGGGUACUUAUUUGUUUAUUCACCGGCUGUAGGAUUUAGUAUCUAAGGUCUAAAGGUGUUAGUGCCUGAUUAUUUCGUAUUUGAUCAAGAAAUGAGUCGUAGGGUGAGGCGUAAAGUGGCAAGGAAAGGUAAAGAGAAGGUGGCUUUAUCUAGUUUCCCGGAAAUUGAAGAUGAGGUUUCUUGUUCUGAUAGCAAUGAGGCUGUUGAUUGGACUGGUUUGCCUGACGACACAGUAAUUCAGCUAUUUUCUUGUCUCAAUUAUCGGGACCGUGCGAGCUUGUCAUCAACCUGUAGGACAUGGAGGGCUCUGGGUAUCUCUCCAUGCUUGUGGACUUCAUUGGAUCUCCGUUCUCACAAAUGUGAUGCUGCCACGGCAACUUCACUUGCUCCUAGAUGUAUACAACUUCAGAAGCUGAGAUUCCGCGGAGCAGAGUCAGCUGAUGCUAUAAUACAUCUUCAAGCUAAAAAUUUGCGUGAAAUAAGUGGUGAUUAUUGUAGGAAAAUAACAGACGCAUCCCUUUCUGUCAUUGUGGCUCGGCAUGAGUUGCUUGAAAGCCUCCAACUUGGGCCUGACUUCUGUGAGAGGAUCAGCAGUGAUGCUAUAAAAGCCAUUGCUUUUUGCUGUCCUAAACUAAAGAAACUUUGGGUUUCAGGAAUUAGAGAUGUUUCUGCUGAUGCCAUUAAUGCUUUGGCCAAGCACUGUCCGAAUCUGAUUGACAUUGGGUUUUUGGACUGUCUUAAUGUUGAUGAGGUAGCAUUGGGAAAUGUAGUAUCUGUUCGUUUCCUGUCAGUUGCUGGGACUUCAAAUAUGAAGUGGGGUGUGAUUUCACAUCUUUGGCAUAAGCUUCCAAAGCUGAUUGGGUUGGAUGUUUCAAGAACUGAUAUUGGUCCCACUGCUGUUUCUAGAUUGCUAUCAUCAUCACAUAGCUUGAAGGUUUUGUGUGCAUUAAACUGUUCAGUUCUUGAAGAAGAUGCCACCUUCAGUGCAAAUAGAUAUAAAGGAAAAUUGUUAAUUGCCCUUUUCACCGACAUUUUUAAAGGACUAUCUUCUUUAUUUGCCGAUACUACAAAUACAAAGAAAGGGAAAAAUGUGUUUUUGGAUUGGAGGAGUUCAAAGACCCAAGACAAAAACUUAGAUGAUAUUAUGACCUGGCUUGAAUGGAUCCUAUCACAUACACUUCUACCUACAGCAGAGAGCAAUCCACAAGGUCUGGAUGAUUUCUGGCUAAAGCAAGGUGCAGCAAUAUUGCUCAGUUUAAUGCAGAGCUCACAGGAGGAUGUCCAAGAAAGGGCAGCCACAGGACUUGCGACUUUUGUGGUCAUUGAUGAUGAAAAUGCUAGUAUAGAUUGUGGAAGGGCUGAGGCAGUAAUGCGAGAUGGUGGUAUUCGCCUCCUUCUAGACCUUGCCAAAUCUUGGAGGGAAGGUCUUCAGUCAGAGGCUGCUAAGGCUAUAGCCAACUUGUCAGUGAAUGCAAAUGUUGCCAAAGCUGUUGCAGAAGAAGGAGGAAUUAAUAUUCUUGCUGGGUUGGCGAGAUCCAUGAACCGGCUGGUGGCUGAAGAGGCUGCUGGAGGACUUUGGAAUCUUUCAGUAGGAGAAGAGCACAAGGGUGCCAUUGCUGAAGCUGGUGGGAUAAAAGCUUUAGUUGAUCUUAUAUUCAAAUGGUCCUCCGGUGGUGAUGGAGUUCUGGAACGUGCAGCUGGUGCUUUGGCAAAUUUGGCAGCUGAUGACAAGUGCAGUAUGGAAGUUGCACUGGCAGGUGGUGUACAUGCUUUAGUGAUGCUUGCUCGCAACUGCAAGUUUGAGGGGGUGCAAGAGCAGGCUGCUCGUGCCUUGGCUAACUUGGCUGCUCAUGGAGAUAGCAAUACAAACAAUGCUGCUGUUGGACAAGAGGCUGGGGCUCUUGAAGCACUUGUUCAGCUUACACGUUCACCACAUGAAGGUGUCAGGCAGGAAGCUGCUGGUGCUUUGUGGAACUUAUCAUUUGAUGACAGGAAUCGAGAAGCAAUAGCAGCAGCUGGUGGUGUUGAGGCCUUGGUUGCUCUUGCACAAUCCUGUUCAAAUGCCUCCCCAGGUCUUCAAGAGAGGGCUGCUGGAGCACUCUGGGGAUUGUCAGUGUCAGAAGCCAAUAGCAUUGCUAUUGGACGUGAAGGAGGUGUUGCACCUCUGAUUGCUCUAGCACGAUCUGAGGCUGAGGAUGUCCACGAAACUGCUGCAGGGGCUCUUUGGAAUCUUGCUUUCAACCCAGGUAAUGCUCUCCGGAUAGUGGAGGAAGGUGGAGUUCCUGCAUUAGUGCAUCUAUGUUCGUCAUCUGUAUCAAAGAUGGCGCGCUUCAUGGCUGCACUAGCAUUGGCAUACAUGUUUGAUGGAAGAAUGGACGAAUUUGCAUUGAUAGGAACUUCAACUGAAAGCACUUCAAAAAGUGUUAGUUUAGAUGGGGCUAGAAGGAUGGCAUUGAAGCACAUUGAAGCUUUUGUCCUUACAUUUUCUGAUCAACAAACAUUUGCUGUUGCUGCUGCAUCAUCAGCCCCAGCAGCAUUGGCACAAGUAACAGAGAGGGCACGUAUCCAAGAAGCAGGACACCUGCGAUGCAGUGGAGCUGAAAUUGGAAGAUUUGUUACCAUGCUACGGAAUUCUUCUUCUAUACUAAAGGCUUGUGCUGCAUUUGCCCUCCUCCAGUUUACAAUUCCUGGUGGUCGACAUGCUAUGCAUCAUGCAAGCCUUAUGCAGAACGCUGGAGCUGCACGAGUUGUGCGUGCUGCAGCUGCAGCAGCGACUGCACCACUAGAAGCCAAAAUUUUUGCGAGAAUUGUACUUAGGAACCUUGAGCACCACCAGAUAGAACCUUCAAUAUGAAGACAGCAGUCAACCUUAGCUUAGAGUCAUUGAUGGGGGCUUGUUCACAUAUUAAGCCCACAGCUUCCUUUCUUAGUGAAGGAAUAAAUUCUGUUUUGUAGUGUCCAUAUACGAGCUGAGAAAUGUGGUUAGCGACACUGCUCAAUGUAACUUCUUUCCCUUCCCACCCCCUUAUUUGCUAGGUAGUUAGAAGUGGUUUAUUUGGUUUUGCGUGUGAUUUAUACAUAUUUUUUCUUUUGUAACAAUUCCUUACAUAUCAAGAACACUUCUGGUGGGGGAUUGAUCUAUAAACACGUAAAUAAUUUUUUGUUCAUUUUGUUCUAUUUAUAUGUAUUCAUUGUGACAUAUCUUCCUUGUAAUGAUAUUGAAGCUGUUUUGAGA